CACCAAAGUCGGAACUACGAGAGGUGAACCGAAGUGACAGCUGGCGGAUGAGCUGCAGCGCUCCUGAGAACAGCUUCUCAUUCUUCACGCUGAAUAUCACCGGGAACGGAUGAUUCCAUUCCGACAUUCACGACUUGUGGACUGAACUUUUUAUACUUCCACGCGUCGGAAGAAAAAAACAAACAUUCCGCGGAGCGCACAUGUGAAUUUAAUUACCUGUUGGGUUGUUGGGUUUUUUUUUUUGCAUGCAUGGUGGUGCUGGUGGUUCUUUUUCCUUCCUCGGGCGAAGCUUCUGUUUUCAGUUCAACUCCUUCACCCCGUGCAGUAUUUUCGCACCGGGUCUGAACUGGAGAGUCGCUGAAAGUUUUGCGCAAAGUCGAGUCGCGCGUUGCGGUUGUCGGGGCCGCGAGCGAGAGCGCGCGCUUUCCACACGUUUCGGACUGCGUGUUGAACUCCGUGAUUCGGCCGCGCGGAGCGCGUGCACAUGUCGGUCAUGCCACCGUUGCGCGUGCACUACAAACCUCGCGACAAAUAAUCAGAUCAAAUUAAUAAAAACCCAAAUAUCUGUGUGUACUUAUUAUUUUUCUUUUUCGAUCUGUUCGGAUUUAAAUCAAAUUCACGAAGGACGGAAAUCCUCUUCUCUCCGGGCAUAAAGGAGUUUCACAAAGACGCGCAUCUGCCCUUCAACCCACCGUUCCUGCUCUACAGGAGAGCAUGGCAAUGGUAGUAAACCAGUGGCAGGAGAGCAUCGCAGCCGACCCCGGCUCUCAGCUGCAGCUGUGCGGCCAGGAGCCCGGUGGCGCCCCGGCCACCCCGUCCGCGUCCACGCCGGGGAACGACGCGCUCGGCGCCGACAAGCUCUCCAGCGUGGACUGCAUGGUGUGCGGGGACAAGUCGAGCGGCAAACACUACGGCCAGUUCACAUGCGAGGGCUGCAAGAGCUUCUUCAAGCGCUCCGUGCGCCGCAACCUGACCUACAGCUGCCGCGGGAACCGAGACUGCCCCGUGGAUCAGCACCACCGCAAUCAGUGCCAGUACUGCCGCCUGAAGAAAUGCCUCAAGGUCGGCAUGAGGAGAGAGGCCGUCCAGCGAGGACGCAUGUCCAGCUCUCAGACCAGUCCAGGCCAAUACCUGCCUAAUGGAAACGACCCAUACAAUGGACAACCAUAUCUAUCUGGCUUCAUCUCUCUGCUUCUGCGGGCAGAACCAUAUCCCACGUCCCGCUACGGCGCCCAGUGCAUGCAGUCAAACAACCUGAUGGGUAUCGAGAACAUUUGCGAGCUGGCAGCACGUCUACUUUUCAGCGCUGUAGAGUGGGCCAAGAACAUCCCAUUCUUUCCAGACCUACAGCUCAUGGAUCAGGUGGCGUUAUUGCGCAUGUCGUGGAGCGAGCUGUUCGUGCUGAAUGCAGCACAGUGUUCCAUGCCCCUGCACGUGGCACCACUGCUGGCUGCCGCCGGGCUGCACGCCUCCCCGAUGUCAGCUGAGCGCGUGGUGGCCUUCAUGGACCAUAUCCGUGUAUUCCAGGAGCAGGUUGAGAAACUCAAGGCCCUGCAGGUGGACACAGCAGAGUAUUCCUGUCUCAAGUCCAUUGUGCUCUUUACUUCAGAUGCCAUGGGUUUGUCAGACGUGGCUCAUGUGGAAAGCAUCCAGGAAAAAUCGCAAUGUGCCCUGGAGGAGUAUGUAAGGAAUCAGUACCCCAAUCAGCCGAACCGUUUUGGGCGGCUCUUGCUUCGCCUGCCUUCGCUGCGCAUCGUCUCAUCACCCGUGAUCGAGCAGCUCUUCUUUGUGCGCCUGGUGGGCAAGACACCCAUCGAGACGCUGCUCAGGGACAUGCUGCUGUCUGGCUCCAGUUACAACUGGCCUUACAUGCCUGUCCAGAGAGACCGACCCCUCUCGCUUCACUACAACGAAAACGGGCCUUGACCCCAUCCACAUCCCCUGAAGCCACAUCAUGUAGAACCCAUCAGCACCUAAUUCGCCAUUCUGUGGUCGGGAACGGAACUCUUGAGACGCUCCUGUGCCAAGAUCUCUCCUGCAGUUGCUCGACAGUGUUUACGGACAUCAUGACUGAGUACAUGACUGCAUCACCUUGACUGAGAAGGGCAAAGUCCAUUUCAGUCCACUGAUUUUCAAACAAGCCAGAAGCCAUUAAAGCUGAUACCAAAGUGGGGGUGUUUUUUUUGUUUUGUUUUUUUUUUCAGGACAUUUUGAGGAAAAUGAGCCUUUAACAGGGCUUUUGGAAAAACGGUCUGUAUGUUUAAGUGGAGAAACCGCGCUAACACUACAGUCUGAAAGACAAGAGGCCAGUAAGACUCUGAAUAUGCUAAAGCCACUGCCAAAAUAUAAACGGCGAUAAAAAAAACUCUAUUGUGGUUUGUCUCAAUGUCAUUUUGAGUCUCUGAAGGAGUUUGAAGAUGUGAAAGAGGCACUUCGUAUUUGAAACCAGCCAGGCACCCUCCCUUUUUUCUCUAAGCUCUUUUCAGCUAUCACCAAAAAUCCAGCACAGCUAGAUAGACUUUCUGUAGUUGCCAUGUAAAGUCAGUCUAUAGUGCUUAAUUUUUUCAUCAAGGAAAACACUGAAUAGUAUAUCAGAGGGAAAAAAAAACAGGACCUUGGCAUAUGAUAUGCUCUGUGGGACCGGGCACCAUGCUGUAUGUAGCAUCAAGUAUUUCAUUAUUCUUCUAGCAGUAUGUUUCUGUAUGUCACUGUUUUAACAUGGCACUACAGCUUUCAAAGGCAACCUUUUGGAUUUAGAAGCCACGGGGUCUAAGAAAGCAUGACCUGUUAUAUUAGUUCACAGAUUAUUUCUAUAAGAGUUUUUUUUUUUUCUCCUGUAUUUUAGGUUUGACAAAAAAAUAAAUCCUUGAAACAAAAUUCCUCGUUCACCUUCUGAAAUGAUUUGUUCAAAUAUUUUAUAACUUUGUCAUUGCAUAUUACAGGAACAUAGCAAUCAAAUGCUGCUUAGCAUCUAGCAGAAGCGCAAAUAGCGGUCGUACAGCAAUGCUACCAAUAUAAUAGACAGAUGGCCUACAGUUAUAUAAGAUAAUCUAGGAUGUGUUGUGAAUUUACAGUUAUAUACAGAUGCAAUUAUACAGAGAUAAUACAGAAUGUCCAGCAUGUAACAGAACUACAUGAUGAUUACUGGCAGUAAAAAUCAGCAAAGCAUUAAUGAGACACCAGUGUACUUGCGGUGUAGUGUAGAGUUCAGAAAAGUGAUGGAUAGUUUUAAUGGUUGGAAAAAAGGUGGCUUUGAAGCUAUAGAGUUAAUGCUGUGUUGCAUAUUUAUUUUAGGAGCAUAUCCUGCGUUUGUGUCUGAGUUUAAUGUUCAUUUGUGUAUAAUGAGACUCAGUAAUGUAUACUUAGACUUACUGGGACAUUAUAGACAGACUAAGCUGUCAGGUAACCAAUUUAUGUCAAUUACAUUUUCAUUCACAUUUUUUAAAAUUGGUUCAAUAAAAAAUUUGUAAUAAGUAAAAACAAUUGCGCCCUCUAAAGGGAGAUAGAGGUAAUGUGUGUCUGCUGUAGCUACUACAAUGGCUAAGCUGCAUUAGUGGAAGAUUUAUCAUAUAGACGCUUUGGUAACAGUCAAUAUUUAGUUAUCAUUUUGAUGUUUUUAACUUCUUUUCAAUUUUAUUUCAAUUAGUUUUGUGGAUUAUGCUAAUAGAAAAAUCUGUAUAAACAUGAUUGGUAAAUUACUGAUUGUUGGCUUUAAUCAACAUACACAAUUAAGAAAGUCAGAGAAACUUUUGUAAAUCUUCCAGAAAUAUAUAUUUAUAUGCUUA